AACCGUCUCAUCCACUCCAAUAACUACAUUUUUUUAUAGUCACCGUUGAAAAGUUUAAUCAUUAGUGUCUUUUUGCUAUAGUUAAGUAUCUAAAAACGUAAAAACAAUGGUGGAUACGAUAAUCUGGAAACGCUGGGCAACAACAACCUAGUGAGUACGAUAAUUAUAAGACUCGGGGCUGUCAGUGUGUGUGUGUGCCUGUGUGGGGAUUCGAACCGGGGUGGCUGAGUGGCUGAGUGGUCCCAUGGGGGGGUAUUACAGAGGCCCUCACCCCUGCCAACCCCCCUGUCAAGCCCCUGUCAAGUUGAGGUGCUGAGGACAAGAUAGACAGCUCUCUCAAGUCCCCCAGCCCCUCAGAAGCUCCCCCAGCCCCUAACCCCUGCCAAGCCCCCUGUCAAGCCCCUGUCAAGUUGAGGUGCUGAGGACAAGAUAGGCAGCUCUCCCAAGUCCCCCAGCCCCCAGGUCCUCCCCCAGCCCCUAACCCCUGUCAAGCCCCUGUCAGCUAAGGUUUUGGGGCUACAUAGACAGCUAGAAGGCAGCUCACCCAAAUCCCCCAGGGUUCCCCCAGCCCCUAACCCCUGUCAAGCCCCUGCCAGCUAAGGUUUUGGGGCUACAUAGACAGCUAACACAGGGAAGGCAGCUCACCCAAGUACCCCAGGGUUCCCCCAGCCCCCAUAUGCUCCCCCAGGGCCUCCCCCAGCCCUGAACCCCUGCCAGCUAAGGUUUUGGGGCUACAUAGACAGCUAACACAGGGAAGGCAUCUCACCCAAGUCCCCCAGCCCCCAGAUACUACCCCAGCCCCUUACCCCUGCCAAGCCCCUGAGACCCCCUGCACAUUUUUAUCCCCUCCAGCCCCCCUUCCCAGCCUCCCAGCCAUGCCCCCCAGCCCCCAGGUGCACCCCCAGGCUCUCCCCCAGGCCCAUAGGCAGCCCCCACCCCGACGGAGAUGCCAUGCCAGGCUGCAAUAGCCUCCCCCAUGGCCAAGGCAGCUCUCGGAGGGGUGAAGGGCGGCGGCGGUGUGACGCAUCAUCCAGACACAACCUUUGCCACCCUCGCCUCUAUGAGUGAUGGCCUGCAGCUGUCCCCGGCUGCUGUGGAGGGCCGCGUGGAGCCCUAUGAGCUGGUGGAGCUGUUCUACGGCAGCAGCGGCGGCGGCACCCCCACCCCCCCCACCUCCCAUGUGGCACAGGUGUCACCCCAGCACUCCACCGGCACCUCCUCCCCGGAAGUGAUGCAGGUGAUACACCCAAGGGUGGACCUGGAGAAGGCUGCCGCCGCCGCCGCCGCUGUGGGCCAGUACAGCUGUGGGGUGUGUGGGCGCUCCUUCCGGGAGGCCAGCCACUACACCAAACACAAGCGCGGGGCACUGUGCCGCAAGCUGGCCCAGCGCUUGGCCAAGAAGAACAAGAAGAAGAAGAGCGGCAGCAAGAAUGACUGGCCCGGCCGCCCACGCCAGGCGCCGCCUCAGAAGCCCUACGAGUGCACGGUGUGCGGCGCAAAGUUCUUUGACCGCGGCAACGUGGAGCUGCACCUGGAGCGGCGGCACCACACGCAGCAGCGGCUGUGGGCCAUGGCCGUGCCUGGCGGCGGCUGCUGCCCCGAGUGUGACCGCUGGUUCCCUGACAGGAGUGAGCUGGAGCAGCACCAGCACCAGCACCAGCACCAGCCGCCCUACCUCAGGCCAGGCCAGCCCCCCGCCACCACCGCCGCCGCCCCCAUCACCACCGCUGCCACCACCACAGCCACGGCUGUGGCGGCCACCGGGGUGGUGUACUACCCGGAGCCCCUCCAGCAGGUGGUGUCCUACCCCUCCCAGCCCCCUCCUGCCCCACACCUGCCCCCACAGCCUGCCCAGCCCCCCCUCCAGCCCCAGUCCCAGCCCCAGCCCCAGCCCCAGCCCACACCCCCAGCCCACAUGCACACCACCAUGGCCACCAACCUACUGCACCCCCCCCAGCUGGGCCCCCCUCCCUCCCUCCUGCCCCUGAGCACAGCUCCCAGCUUGCCCCCACCACCCCCAGCCCCUGCCCACCCCCCCAUGGCUAGCCUGCCGAGCCCAGCAGCAGGGGAGGGGGCGGCCAAGGCAUCACGGGGGGGGCGGGGAGGGGUGCGUCCGGGCUCGGCCAAGUGGAACAUGUGUGGUGACUGUGGGCACCGCUUCGUGGACCCCAUCAACCUGGAGCUGCACCUCCAGCGGCACCACCCCGCCUCACGCCUGCUGGACACCACCGCCAUCCACGGCAGCACCGUGCUGUACCGCACCGACCACACCCGCCCAGACCUGCACGCCCUGGCCCUGGCAGCCCGGGCCAGCCUGCCCGCCGGCCAGGCCUACGAGUGCCUGCUGUGUGGCUACAGGGCCGCCACCCAUGCCCACCUCACCGGCCACCUCCAGGCUGUGCACGGCUCAGCCAACGCCAGCCUCAUCCACCCCCUGGACGCCCCAGAGCCCCCGCGCAAGGUGACGGGGCGGACCGCCCAGAGUGGGAAGCGGAGCAGCGGUGGCAGUGGCAAUGGUGGCAGCAAGGACACCCAGGGGGGGGGCAGGCAGGUGUGCGAGGCGUGUGGGGAGGUGUUCCCCCUGAGGGUGGAGCUGAUCCGCCACCGCGUGAAGGAGAAGAAGUACCGGUGUGGGGUGUGCGGCCUGGCCUCCUGCAGCCAGGAGCAGGUCACCGCCCACAUGGCCGCCCAGCACCCCGGCACACCCACCACCCCCACGGGGCUGGUCUGCUGGCUGUGCGGGGCGUCCAUGUACACGGCAGCCAGCCUGGACGGCCACCUCAAGGGCCACGGGGCGCUGGGCACCGAGUGUGUGGAGUGCGGGGAGCGGCGGCCUGGCCUGGCGGAGCUGCUGCCCCACCUCAAGGGCCACCUGCCCCUGCAGCCCUCCAGGGUACGCCUCUCCCUGGCCCAGGCCGGCCAGCCCACCUCCACCCAUGAGGUGGAAGUGACCCUGGACGGCUCGGUGUACGCCUGCAGUGGCCAGGAGCCGCCGCCCGAAGGGGAGGCCCCAGCCACCUGGGCCGCCCUGGCCUAUGCCUGCAGUGAGUGUGGGACGUGCCUGGCCGGGGCGGCCCAGCUGGAGGCCCACCUACAGGUGCACCAACUCAGCUCCUCCACCCACCCCUCCACCUCCACCCACUCCCUCACCACUGCCACCACCACCUCGGCGGCCACCACGGCCCCUGGGCCGCCCUGCCUGGCGGGGGCGGGGGUGUCCCGGGUGCCUGGCUCGCUGGAGUUCCGGUGCGAGGAGUGUGGGUUCUGGCGGCAGGACGGGGAGCCGGUAAUGAAGCACAUCCAGGCCGUGCACAUGUCCGGCAACAUGCUGCACUCCAUCAGGCUGCCCACCGGCCUGUUGCAGGUGCACCCCAUACAGGUUGUGACGCCCAUCACCAUCUACAGCCAGUGACACACCCUCAAGGUUGUGCUGGCCUCCUAAUGAGUUACCCAGGACUGAGGUGUGUGGUGGACAAGGUGCUUCCAGUGCCCCGUGCAGCCCCCGGCGGGUCCUGGCCGCUGCACGCCCACCACUGGAAGAGUCCGGCAACACACACAGGGCCGGGACGAGAAGGUGAGCCCCAGGUAAUGAAGGGGUGUGUGUGUGUGUGUGUGUGUGUGUUUCAGUGGUAGAGGCUGUUGAGUACCCUCUGCAUGGUUCGUACACAUUAAUAAAGUUGUGGGUCUUGUUUAAGCCUUUUGCUGGAACUCAUUACGGGUAGACUCAGCUGGAAAACAAUACAGAGAGAUUAACCAGAUAUGUGUGUGUGUGUGUGUGUGUGUGUGUGUGGCGCCAAGGACUGCUCUGAGUCGUGAAAUGAGAUUAUGUUUGACUUUUCCAUAACUUUUGGUGUAUGUUCAAAGUAGCGUAAGGGAUUUGACGUCUUCAAGAACCACAUGCAUACAGAGGUACAUUUCGUUUCUAUGAGCUUUGUACAUAGAUAGCACAGGUGUGUAUGUGUGUGUACGUGCGUGUGUGUGUGAGAACUGUUUUAUCAAAUGUUAAACCCUUUGUAAAGUCUUAACUCACUAUGGUUGUAAAACUUUUCAUAUUUU